AUGUCUGUUCGUGAACGGAGACGUCGGAGAUCCUGUCUGCAAGUCAUGUUCGCAAUAGGCUUCCUGUCUCUCCUCGCUCUUCUCUCCAGCCCGGCUGCCGCCUACAGUCCGCUAUACUUCGGAGCCCCCUCGCCCGAUGAGAUCCCUAUCGUACCGCCACGGAUUCCGGAAGUUGAUCAUCCUACGCCCUCAGGCAAACAUGAAUUUACCCUUCGCCAUAUCUUCCACCGCGGCACCUACCGGCACCCCAAUCUCCACAAGAAGCUCGAUAUCCGACCAGAUACCCGCCUCUGGGAAGUGUCAGAAGAUGGCAGCGAAAUAAGACCUGUUCAGGAGCCUUUGGCUCCCUUGACAGCUCUAUCGCACCCCUUGAUGAUCGAGAGAUUGGCCGAUCGACGCUUAUCGGUUAUCGAGAACCACCUAUCCGCGGCAAGAUCGCGGGGAUCGCCGGUCGCACUCUCCGGAUCGGACUGGGUCAUGGACGAAGUGGCCGGGCCAAACAUAACGGAUAAAGAGACCGUCUUGACUUUCGCGAAGAUGACUGCGAAUGAUUAUGUUGAAGAACCCGGGACUGUCGAUUGGGAGGAGAUCCACGGCGGAUGGAACUACUCUCAAGGCUUCGGAUGGGAGGGUGACGGGCUGAGGGGUCAUAUCUACACAGAUCAGACGAACAGCACUAUUGUGAUCUCGCUGAAAGGCACAUCUCCGGCACUCUUUGAUGGUGCGGGUACGACGACCAACGACAAGGUUAACGACAACCUCUACUUCAGCUGUUGCUGUGGACAGGGAGGUUCUUAUCUCUGGCGACAGGUGUGCGACUGCUACUCGUCAGCAUACACAGGUAACCUGACCUGUAUCGUUGAGGCAAUGAUGGAUGAGAACCGCUACUAUCGUGCUGCUAUCGACCUGUACUCGAACGUUACCGCCAUCUACCCCGGUGCGGAUGUCUGGCUCACAGGUCACUCACUGGGCGGCGCGAUGACAAGCUUACUGGGACUGACAUUCGGUCUACCCGUUGUCACAUUUGAGGCAGUUCCAGAGGCACUACCCGCAGCUCGACUGGGGCUUCCGGCCCCCCCUGGACACGAUCCCAGACUCCCACAGCAGCGUAAAUACACGGGUGCGUAUCAUUUCGGGCACACCGCAGACCCUGUCUACAUGGGAACAUGCAACGGAGCUAGCUCUGUUUGCACCUGGGGCGGGUAUGCCAUGGAGUCUGCAUGCCACACUGGCCAAAUGUGUGUAUAUGACACAGUUGAAGACAAGGGCUGGCGAGUCGGCAUAGGUACUCACCGUAUCAAAGAGGUGAUCUCCGACGUUAUCGAAGCGUACGAAGACGUACCUAAAUGCGCACCCGAAGAGGAAUGCUACGAUUGCAAUCUCUGGAAGUUCUUCAAAAGCAAUGGUUCAGAGAUCACGACAACCACCACAACCUCCACCUCGACAUCUUCUACGAGAACAAGGACGUCCACCUGCAAGACACCCGGCUGGUGGGGUUGUCUGGAUGAGACGACUACGACCACCUCUACAACUUCAUCUAGCAGCUCUACCGCGAGCACGACAUCAACCUGUAAGACUCCGGGCUGGUUCGGAUGCAAGGACCCGACAACCACCUCAACAACCGCACGUGCGACUCCAGCGCCAUCAAUUACAACCACUGCCGCGCCGACUCCGACUUCGACAACGUCCUGUAAGACUCCAGGGUGGUUUGGUUGUCGGGAUCCUACCAGCACCUCGACACCUAAACCAUCUUCUCUAACUUCGACGAACUGUGAAUUCCCAGGCCGCUUCUGGGGUUGUCUAGACGAGUCGACUACAGCCACAACGAGCUUUCCUAUCACACCAGGUCCAACUCACGAACCGACAAGGCUACCGUCCACAACAGGACACACAUGUACAUCUUCGGCGUGGUUUGGAUUCGUCUGUCUUGACCCGUCUCCAACAGCAGCUUUGUAA